AGUCAGCAUGCUGGUGCACAGUGACGGACACUUUUUUGGGUCAGUGGAUAUCAGCUCGGCUCGGUCCAGACUGUUGUGAGCCAGACUCCGAGGAAAUCGAUGGGGAGGGGGUGGGUGCAUAAAACCCAUUUCUUCACCUGCCCUCCCGGAGGUGGCGGUGGUGCAGGGGGAGCGUGCCUCUAAGCUGAUUGGAACCGGAGGAUGUGAAUACCUCCCCGGGAUUAGAGGGUUACUGGGUGAGGGAACAAUGCUCCGUGGAUCGGUGCGCCAUUCCCGGCUCUUGUUGGCGACGCGGCGGACACACGGUCGCCGGUCUCCAAGCUCCCCUCAGCGGCUGCAGCAGUGACUCCAACACAGCCUCCUCGCUCGGUCCGGUCAGCCACCCGGCGUGGAUAAUAUGACUUCCUGCCCAUCAACAUAUGGCAGCGUCCCUCUGUGUCUCCUGCUCUGCUUGCUAGUGGCUCUCGGCGCAGUAGCCUCUCAUCCGGGCAACAACGUGUGCUCGUCUCCUAUGAUCACAUCUUGCACAGAGUGUCUCAGACGUGGACCACAGUGUUCCUGGUGCUUCAAGGAGGAUUUUCUGGAUGGAGCGGGUUCGAGCCACCGCUGCGACCUUCAGGUGAACUUGCUCAGAAAAGGCUGUGGACCCGAGUUCACAGAGCACUCAAAGGUCAAAGUGGAGGUCAACGCCACCACCAGCAGCACACAAGUGUCGCCCCCAGACAUCAGCAUCACGCUCACACCAGGUUCGGAGGCCAGCUUCAUUGUUGCCGUGAAGCAGCUGCCACGUUAUCCGGUGGAUCUUUACUACCUGGUGGAUGUAUCCGCAUCGAUGCAAGAAAACCUUGAUCAUCUGAAGACGGUGGGCGUAGCGCUGUCUCUGCGUAUGAAGGAGCACUCCUCAGACCUUUGGCUCGGUUUCGGCUCCUUUGUGGACAAGCCGGUGUCGCCUUACAUCAACGUGCAUCCCACCAAGAUCAACAACCCCUGCAGUGACUAUGAGAUCCGCUGCCGUCCCGCCCAUGGCUUCCACCACGUCUUGAGCAUGACCGGGAAUAUGAGCGAGUUCACACGCGUGAUCAAACGCCAGCGCAUCUCCGGUAACAUGGAUACACCCGAGGGAGGGCUGGAUGCUAUGCUGCAGGCUGCUGAGUGCCAGAAAGCCGUGGGUUGGCGUCCAGAGGCCAAACGUUUGUUGCUCCUGAUGACCGACCAGCCGUCCCACCUCGCCCUGGACAGCCGACUGGCGGGAAUCGUCGUCCCGCAUGAUGGUCUGUGUCACCUGGAAAACAACAUUUACACUGGAAGCACCAGGAUGGACCAUCCGAGUCUGGGCCAGUUGUCUGACAAACUGCUGGAAAACCAUAUUCACUCCAUCUUCGCUGUGGAGAAACAACAGUACCAGUGGUACGAGGAGUUGGUGCGUUUGUUGCCAGCCUCCUACUUGGGGAAGAUAGGCUUCUUCCAGUCUCCAAACCUCAUUGACCUAGUGGUGGAUGCAUAUAAGAACUUGUUGGCAGAGGUGGCGUUGUCAGUGUCAGUGGACGACAAGGCAUUCAGCAGGUACUGGACGUCUGUCGUCCCCAUCUGUCCUAACGGGUCCACCGCUACAAACCAGAGCUGCUCCGGGGUGCAGCCCAACCAGACGGUUUACUUCAACGUUACCAUUGGCCUGUUCUCCUGUCCUGACCACGACGCAGAUGAAGAGAUUAAAGUGAUGGUUCGCCCUGUGGGCUACAAUGAAUCCACCACUGUCAGGGUCCGCUCUAAAUGUCACUGCAGUUGCGGGUCAACAGGAAGAUGUCAUGACAGUGACCAGUCGCCGUGUACAGGGGCUACAGACGGCGCCGGUCUGGAGCAGAGGCCGCAUCAGGGGCUUGUGAUGAAUGAAUCAAAGUGGGAUUGUCGAGCCGAUGGCUCUAAUGUGGACUGUAGUGGCAGAGGAGUGUGUGAAUGUGGGAGGUGUGUGUGCGAGCAGAGUAGACUUGGCACAGUUUACGGGAAAUACUGCCAGAUGGAUGACUUCUCCUGCCCUUAUAAUGGAGGACUGCUGUGUGGGGGAAAGGGGGUGUGUGUCUCGGGCGAGUGUGUGUGUGAGGGCGGCUGGACAGGAGAUAGCUGCGGUUGUGCCGUCUCCACAGCAACCUGCCAGUCACCUGAUGGCUUGCUGUGCAGUGGGCGGGGCAAGUGUGUGUGCGGCCAAUGUGUGUGUGACGGCCAGGGAUACUCCGGAGACGUCUGUGAGAGAUGCCCUGCCUGUCAAAGCAGCUGUCAAUCAAACUGGAAGUGUGUGGACUGUCAUGUGUCUUGUGGCCUCAAAGAAAAUGAGGCGGGGCAUUGCAACCGCACUUGUGAAUCAGAGGUCAUCUACAUCAGUGCUAUGCUAUCAGCAGGAGGGAAGUGGCUUCACUGUAUGUACAUCAGUGGUGACAACUGUCGCUAUUGGUUUCAAACAAGCUCAGAGUCUGGACUGGAGCAGCUUCACAUUAGCACCAGAGCAGAGUGUGCCAGUAGAGGCCGGGUGGUUGGGACCUUCCUGAGUGUGUGUGCGCUGACUGUUCUGUGCGGGCUGGUGGUGGUGGCGGUGUCCAGGCUGCUGCUCCAGAAAAGAGGCUGGUCACCAGAGGGCGCCACUAAGGAUGGGGACUAUCUCUGCACCAGCAAGGAGUUAUCCUACAUCCCUACAAGCAAUGAGAAGACGGUAACCUACAGGAGAGACCGACCACACGACCAUUCCGUGGAGAUGACCGUUCACGUCAAGAUGCCCCUCGGUGACCCCUGGCAGUGAUAGGUGGGAUCAGAACGAAGGCAAUGGAGACACGCCUUAAGACGACAGUUGGACUCUUUUUCUAUUUAGCUCAAUAUGAAUCCAAGCGCGUACAGAAUGUGGCGAGUCUGAUGGUAGUAAACAACACUUCCACGGAAUCAUAGAACCAUGAAUCGGGACUGAAAAGGCCAGUAUUGUGGAAGCGGGUCUGCAACAAAGAGCACAAGUGUAGGAGUCUUCUACACAGGCGAUCAUGCAGUCAUUUCCACUCUAAUUUAUGUGUGUAAGUGUGCAUGUGAGCGUGCGUGAGCUGUGUGUCUGUUUAUAAUGUUAUUGUCGUUUGUUUAGGUUUCGGUCAGGGGUGUCCAAAGUGCAGCCCGGGGUCCAUUUGCGGCUUUUUUUUUUUAUUGCCUUGCAGCACAUUCUAAAAAUAUAAAUUAACAAGAAAACUAAAAAAAAAAAAAAAAAAAAAAAAAAAAACAGCAACAAAAAUGGUCAAACCA